AUGGCGCAGACUGGAGUUCAGAUGGACCAGGAAACAAUUUGCUGUUCGGUCUGCCUGGAUCUCCUGAAGGAUCCGGUGACUAUUUCCUGUGGACACAACUACUGCAUGAACUGUAUUAAAACCCACUGGGAUAAAGAGGAUGAGAAGCAAAUCCACAGCUGUCCUCAGUGUAGGCAGAGCUUCACACCGAGGCCUGACCUGGUGAAAAACACCAUGUUGGCAGAUUUAGUGGAGCAACUGAAGAAGACUGAACUCCAAGCUGCUCCUGCUGAUCUCUGCUAUGCUGGACCUGAAGAUGUGACCUGUGAUGUCUGCACCGGGAGGAAACAUAAAUCCAUCAAGUCCUGUCUACAAUGUAUGGCCUCUUACUGUGAGAAACACCUUCAGCCUCAUUUUGAAUCAGCUCCAUUUAAGAAACACAAGCUGGUGGACCCCUCCAACAAGCUCCAGGAGAACAUCUGCUCUCGUCAUAAUGAGGUGAUGAAGAUGUUCUGUCGUACUGAUCAGCAGUGUAUCUGUUAUCUCUGCUUAAUGGAUGAACAUAAAGGACACGACACAGUCUCAGCUGCAGCAGAAAGGACUGAGAAGCUGGAGCUGAGUCGACUAAACAUCCAGCAGAGAAUCCAGAACAGAGAGAAAGACGUGAAGCUGCUUCAACAGGAGGUGGAGGCUAUCAACCGCUCUGCUGAUAAAACAGUGCAGAACAGCGAGAAGAUCUUCACCGAGCUGAUCCGUCUCAUGGAGAAAAGAAGCUCCGAUGUGAAGCAGCAGGUCAGAUCCCAGCAGAGAACUGAAGUGAGUCGAGUCAAAGAGCUUCAGGAGAAGAUGGAGCAGGAGAUCACUGAGCUGAAGAGGAACGACGCUGAGCUGCAGAAGCUCUCACACACAGAGGACCACAACCAGUUUCUACAGAAUUUCUCCUCAUCUACAUGCCACAGUGGACCUUUAUACUUACCCCCAACAUACCCCUUGUGUCUGCGGCACUUUGAUGGAGUGCAUAAGGCUGUGUCAGAAGUCAGAGAUAAACUACAGAACAUUCUGAGUCAGAAAUGGACAAACAUCUCACUGACAGUGAGUAAAAUGGAUGGUUUACUGUCACAAGAGCCCAAAACCAGAGCUGAAUUUUUAGAGUAUUCAUACAAAAUCACACUUGAUUCUAACACAGUAAGCACACGUCUGUCAUUAUCUAAUGACAGACGUUACCAAAAAGUAACAUUAACGGGAGAACUGAAUUAUCCUGAUCACCCAGACAGAUUCACUACAUGUGGUCAGGUCCUGAGUAGAGAGAGUCUGACUGGUCGCUUUUACUGGGAGGUGAAGAAAGGUGAGGGUGGAGCUUAUGUAGCAGUAGCAUACAAAGACCAUAACACUGUUAAUGAGAACUUUGGAGAUAGUGAAAAGUCAUGGGCAUUAGGUUUAUUCAAACAACGUUAUGAAUUCAUACAUAACAAAGUCAAAACUCCCGUCUCAGGUCCUCAGUCCUCCAGAGUAGGAGUGUACCUGGAUCACAGUGCAGGUGUUCUGUCCUUCUACAGCAUCUCUGAAACCAUGACUCUCCUCCACAGAGUCCAGACCACAUUCACUCAGCCUCUCUACGCUGGACUUAGGCUUUUUGGUCCAAUUGGAAACACUGCUGGGCUCUAUAAGUUGAAGUAG